AUGGCAAUGUGUUGGUGCUAUGUAGCACCACCGAUAUUGUUAAUACCGUUUGCUAUAGGAGAUAUGUGUGAAAACGCCACAGAGUGUACUAUGACUCCUGGGAGUGUUAUUGAAGAAGUAAGUUUGGUAAAGUGAGCAAUAGCUUAAUUCAAUGUUUUUGGAAACUUACAGAAACUUUGUUUACAAACUGUAAAAACCGAAAAAACCUACAAACCUUCAGCUACAAUUUAUAAAAGUCAAAUUUUUAAAAUUUAGUUUUAUCUUGUUGAAGACGAUGGAUAUAAAGCGGAAAUGGCGUUGACAAUCUCAACUGCUGGUGACUUGUUAGGUUCUACCCUGAUUUCUUAUCUUUCUGAUAUGUGAGUUUGUGAAAGGUAGGGCUUGGGUUGAACUAGGGCUAGAGUAUAACUAGAGUAAGGCCAGAACUAGAUCAGAACUAGAGUAGGGCUAGAGCUAGGUCAGAACUAGGGUAGAAUUAGAGCAGAGCUAGGGCUAGAUCAGGACUAGAGCAAAGCUAAAGUAAAGUUAGAGUUGUUGCCCACUUCCACCUCGUAGAGUCGAGACCUGGAUAGUUAAUAACGGCCAGAUGGCGUAAAAAUGAAGAUGGAGCAUUUCGAAUCACACGAUUAAAAACCUUGGUAUGGAUAGUGUAGGGCUAGGGUAAAUCUAAAACUGAGGUCAAUUAAAAAAAGAUAUGAUAGGGGUAAGUUAUGUUUGGGUUAAGGUUGGUAUAGGGCAAGAGGGCUAAGGUACGUUUAGCAUUUUACAAUCCCCCAAGAAAAAAAAUUCGCAAAAAGUUAAACGUGGUCCCCCCCCAGUGUUUUGCCGGACCGGUUUGGAUGAGAAUUUUUUCGGUCCGGUCCAAAAAAUUUUCGGUCCGGUACGGUCCGGUCCGGUCCGGACCAAAAAGGUCAGGUCCGGUCCGGAAAAAUUUUUUUUUAUUUUUUAAAAAGAGCUAGGAGCGCUAAAACUGCUUUCUUUACGUUUAAAAACUCUUAGAAAUAUGUUUUAUUUGCAAUUUUUAAAACAGUUUUAUUAAAAUAAAAAAAAAUUUUCUUUCCGGACCGGUCCGGACGGGUCCGGCAAAACACUGGUCCCCCCCCCCUGUGGAUUUUUUUUAACCCCCGCCCCCAGACUAAAAGUCUCCGCCCGGCCCUGGUUAUACAGUAUUUUUUUUGCGGAAAUCAAUAAUAUACGUAUUUUACAUUAAUUUUAGAAAAGGGCGACGUCCAAUAUUGUUGUUUUGUUUAAUGUCGUUUGGAGUUUUCAAUUUGAUGUUGGCAUUCUCACCAAAUAUUUACGUUUUUUGGAUACUACGUUUGUUGCAAGGAGCUUUUUCAUCUGUAAGUUACUUAUUUUGUUAAUGAUACUGGUCGACUUUGAUACCUAAAGUUGAAGUUUUGUAUUAAAAAAAAAUUUUAACAGAAAAAAAUGGCAACAACUUUCUUUACAAAACAAAAAAGUAGUAAGAACUUUCUUAACAAAACAAAAAAUAUCAAGAACUUUCUUUACAAAACAAAGAAUAGCAAGAACUUUCUUUACAAUCUUAAUAUUUAGGGUCUAAACUGUGCCAAUUGGGUACUAGCCUACGAGUCUUCUUCAAUGGGUCUGCGAGCUUAUGCUCCAUUAGUCUUCGGCAUCACUUGGAUCAUUGGCUACGUAGCUGUAGCCCCGCUAUGUUAUUACGUUACUUAUUGGCGACAUCAAAUAUUAAUCACAUCGUUCCCAUCUAUCAUAGCUACCUUAAUUUAUUUCUUCACAAUACCUGAAAGUUUUCAUUUUACCAUCUCAAAUGGCCUGACGGAUACUGUAACAUCAUGGUACAGGAAUAUGAAUCGUUAUUGUGAAUGUAAACGAGAGUUGACUGAAGUGGCAGAGAUUAUAGAGAAACAUAAGGUUGUUAAAGACGCUAGGAACUCUAACGGAAAGAAAGAACUGGGAUUGGCAAAGACUUUGAUGACUAAUAAAAGGGUGUUUUUGUACAUUGUCAUCUUUGCUUAUAUAUGGUAAGUUAAUCACUCUUAUGAUGUAUAUUUGGGUUGUUUAUUGUCUUUGUAAGGUUAGGGCCAAGGUUAGCUUGUAAUGAAAUUAAAACUAACAAUUAUAAGUCACAGUAGAUCUCAAAUAGGAAUAUAGUUUGGCUGGUAAGAGUGAAAAGGAAUCUGUUACAAGUCUAGUUUGAUAAUAGGCAGAACUAGACUAUGAGUAAAAUAAGGUUUGAGUUAAAAUGAAAAAAAGUUUAAAGAAUUGGCAUACUUUACUGUAUGUAAUGAGAUUAGUUUUAUGGCUAUUAGGGCUAGAAAUAGAGAUACGGCGACGGCUAGAGCCCUCGGGCUAGAGCUCUGGGCUAGACCUCUAUACUUGGGCUAGAGCUAGAGCUAAAGCUAAAGCUAGAGCUAGAGCUAGUGCUGGAGCUAGAGCUAGAGCUAGAGCUAGAGCUAGAGCUAGAGCUAGAGCUAAAGCUAGAGAUAGAGCUAGAGCUAGAGCUAAUGUUAGAGCUGAUGCUAGGACUGAAGUUAGACCAGAAUUCGCUUAUUCUUUUAUAUAAGCGUCUACCUUCAGGGCAUCUGACUUUUUCAUAUAUGCCGGCCUCAACAUUUUAUCAACCUCCCUCGCUGGUAACAAAUACUGGAACUUUGCCUUGGGCGGUAUAGCCGAAAUACCAUCAUACCUCAUCUCACCAUACCUUUUGGAGAAGCAAGGGCGCCGUGGGUUUGGAGCCUGGACACAUUUGAUGACAUUUGCAGCAUUCUUGGCCACAGUUUUCAUCAAGAAUCCUACUAUCAGUUUUGUUUUUUGGCUGAUUGGAAAGUUCAGUAUAUCAUGCGCGUUUACUGCGGUAUUCGUAUAUGUCAGUGAAGUAUUUCCGACAGUUUACAGAAGUGGCGUACUGGGCAUCUGCAUGUUUGUCAGCUGUUUUGGUGGGAUUGCCGCUGGCACUGUUAGGAGUAUGGUACGUUUAAAAAUGUAGGGUAGGGUAGAGUAUGGUAGGGUAGAGUAGGGUAGGGUAGGGUAGGGUAGGGUAAGGUAGGGGGGGGUUAAAAUAAGCUUUAAAAAUCAAAUUUUAAAACAAAAAAAAGUUUGCGAAAAAUUUUCAGAAUGCCAUAUCACCAGACAUUCCGAACAUUAUCUUUGCUGUGACAUCGUUGUUAGGUGCCAUCCUGACCCUUUUCCUGCCUGAAACGAAAGGAAAAGAACUGCCUGAUACAACCGAGGAGAUGGAGCUAUUUUUCAGCAAAAAGAAUUAG